CCGGGAACGCCGGCCCGAGCGGCUGAGGGGUCCCGGGAACGCGGGUCGGAGCGGCUGAGGGGGUUCCUAGGCCCCGGGCCGGUUCCUCCGCAUCGCCGCGGCCGGGCCCCGAAGUGGCCGUGAGCUUCCUGCGGUGCGGGUCCGCUGGUAACGUCCCGUCCCGAAAUAUGAGGGACUUGACGGGAAACAUGCCCAAGAUAACGCUGAACGGCAUCACGGUGGAUUUCCCCUUCCAACCCUACGAGUGCCAGGAAGCCUACAUGGCCAAGGUGCUCGAGUGUCUGCAGAAGAAGGUAAAUGGCAUUCUGGAGAGUCCUACAGGCACAGGAAAGACCCUCUGCCUGCUGUGUUCCACUCUGGCUUGGCGGGAACACUUCAAAGACACUAUCUCAGCCCGCAAAAUUGCACAGCGUAUGAAUGGAGUGGAACUCUUUCCUGAGAGACCCAUGUCAUCCUGGGGCAAUGCUGCCACAGAUGCUGAUAUCCCAACUUAUUACACUGACAUUCCUAAAAUAAUUUAUGCCUCCAGAACUCACUCACAACUUACACAGGUCAUUAAUGAAUUAAAGAACACAGUCUACAGGCCAAAGAUAUGUGUUUUGGGUUCCAGAGAGCAGCUUUGCAUCAAUCCUGAAGUGAAGCGACAGGAGAGCAACCACAUGCAGAUCUACAUGUGCCGAAUGAAAGUGAUGGCUCGUGCUUGUCAUUUCUAUAACAAUGUGGAAGAAAAGAGUACAGAGAAGGAACUGAUUGACUCAAUCAUGGAUAUUGAAGACUUGGUUAAAAAUGGAAACAAGCACAGAGCUUGUCCUUAUUAUCUCUCUCGAAGCCUGAAGCAGCAAGCAGAUAUUAUUUUUAUGCCUUACAACUAUUUACUAGACUCAAAGAGCCGGAGAGCGCACAACUUGGACCUGAAGGGGACUGUGGUAAUACUUGAUGAAGCUCACAAUGUGGAGAAGUUGUGUGAGGAGUCAUCUUCUUUUGACUUGACACCCUAUGAUUUGGUUUCAGCAAUGGAUGCUGUAAAUGUUGUACUGGAAGAACAAGCCAAAGUAGUUCAACAGAAUGAAAUAAAUGCUGAAUUCAAUAUGGAGUUGGCCAAUUCAGGACUGAACAUGGAACUUGAAGAUAUAGCAAAGAUAAAAAAAAUUCUUCUUCAGCUAGAAAGUGCUAUUGAUGCAGUGGAGCUGCCACCGAAUGAUAGUGGAGUCACCAAAGAGGGAAGCUACAUCUUUGAUCUGUUUGCAGAGGCCCAAAUAACAUUCCAGACCAAAUCGUCGCUCUUGGAGUCACUAGAGCAGAUUUUACAGUUUCUUUCAGGCCGUACUGGGAUGUUUGUCAAUACGUCUGGAUUGCAUAAGCUCUCAGAUAUUAUCCAGACAGUAUUCAACAUUGAUUCUCCAGAAGGCACAACAGGUUUUAUGCUACAUCAGUCGAUAUCUAAAUAUUAUAAGGUACAUAUUCAUCUGGAUAACAGUAAUCAGAAGAAGAAACAAAGGACAGAUCUCUGGAAUUCAUCAUCUGCAAAAAAACAAGGAAAGACCUUAAGCUAUUGGUGUUUCAGCCCUGGAUACAGCAUGCAUGAACUUGUUCGACAGGGUGUCAGGACAAUUAUCCUUACUAGUGGGACUCUCUCCCCACUCUCAUCAUUUACAAUGGAAAUGCAGAUCCCUUUUCCUGUUUGCUUGGAGAAUCCUCAUGUUAUUGAUAAACACCAGCUCUGGGUUGGGAUCAUUCCUAAGGGACCUGAUGGAGCUGUGCUUACUUCUACCUAUGAAAGAAGGUUUUCAGAGGAUUAUUUAUCUUCUCUGGGGAAAACGAUUGGUAACCUUGUGCGAGUUGUACCACAUGGACUGUUGGUGUUCUUCCCGUCAUAUCCUGUCAUGGAUAAGAGCCUGGAAUAUUGGAGAGAGCAUGAUUUUGCUAAAAGAAUAGAAGAAGUGAAGCCAAUGUUUGUGGAACCCAGGAACAAAGGAAGCUUUGCAGAGGUAAUGGAUGCCUACUAUGAUAAAAUUGUCUGUCCUAAGUCCAACGGAGCUGCUUUUUUGGCAGUAUGUCGGGGAAAGGCCAGUGAAGGCUUGGACUUUGCAGACAUAAAUGGACGAGGAGUCAUCAUUACUGGGCUUCCAUUUCCUCCUCGUAUGGAGCCCAGAGUAAUUUUAAAGAUGCAGUUCCUGGAUGAAAUGAGAAGAAGUGGUGCAGGUGCACAGUAUUUAUCUGGACGUGAGUGGUACAGUCAGCAAGCUUCCCGGGCUGUUAAUCAGGCGAUCGGCAGGGUCAUCAGACAUCGCCAAGACUAUGGUGCUAUCUUCCUGUGUGACCACAGGUUCACAAUGAGUGAUGUAAGAGGCAAGCUGCCUUCAUGGGUCCGUCCUUACGUGAAUGUUUAUGACAACUUUGGGCAUGCAGUCCGAAGUGUCUCUGUCUUCUUUCGUGUUGCUCAAGAAAUUAUGCCCCCACCACUGCCACAAUGCCCUUCUGGCUCUGCUGGUUCCCUAAGUGAAAGCGAUACGGUGCCAUCUACUUCAUCUGAGCAGAUCCUCUCCCUGAAAAAAGCAAAAAACUUGGAUGACCAUGUUCCCAGUUUGAAGAGGAAAAGAAAAGUAAAUGGAGAUGGAGCAUCCAGCCUAUGCAUGGAAUAUGAACAAGAGCUUGUCUCACCUAGAAGACAAUGUGUUGGGCUCUUGGAUGCAUUGGAGCGCAAUGAGAAGAGCAGCGAAGAUGCAGAGGAGGAAAGUGACUUGUCGGGAGAGGAAAAGGCACAACGUCUGUCAACGCUUUCCCUUCAGUACGAGAAGAGGUUAACAGAUGAGCAGAAAGGAGGAAGGAAGAAAAUAAAGCUAGUCAGCAAUACACAAGCUGAUAAGAAAGCAGACCUGACGGAGCCAAAGAAGGCCCGAGCUACAUUGUACAUCGCAACGGUGAAGGACACCCUAAGCCAACAGAACUAUGAUCUCUUCUCUAAGGCUCUUCAGCACUACAAGAAGACAGACGACUUCCAUGCUAUGUUAUCCCAAAUGAGCGCUCUCUUUAUAGAGGAUGAAAAAAAGCAUAUCUUGUUACGAGAAUUUUACCAGUUUGUUCGACCUCAACAUAAAAAACAGUUUGAUGAAGCAUGUUGCAAUCUGACUGGAGUGGGCUGUGGCUACAAACCUGAGCACAGCCUCCUGCGGGAAGAGAGAGAGAUACUAGCCAAGAAAAUAGAAGAAAAACGGAGUCAGCAGAAAACUGCGUUCUCAAAGGACUCGUGUGCUCAGCUAAACCCUGGCCUCCACUUGAACCGGGGAGGAUCCCACUUGACAGCAGGUCUGAAUAGUGCAGGGCACAAUGCCAGUCGAGCUCCAAGGAAAGAUGUUGAAAAAGCUUCAAGCUCUAGGAGAGAUCACCACCAGGUCCUCAGGGCUACCUAUCUCAACGAUGUGAAAAGGGCUUUGAACAAAAGCACUUACAGCCGUUUCUAUGAAGCAUUGUUAGCUUACAAGAAGACAGAUAACUAUGAUGCUAUGAUAUCAGUGAUAGCAGCCCUCACCACUGAGAGGCCAGAAGACUUUCAUCUCCUGCAAAGGUUUUACAUGUUUGUGCGCCCUCAUCACAAAGAGCAGUUCAAACAGAUGUGUAAAGAUUUGACUGGAAUGAUUUGUGGCGAGGGAGAGAAGCAACUACAACAGCAGGUGCAAGGUGAAGGGAGCCCUCUGAGUUUGGAGAGCUGGUGCACUAAAGGAGAAGACAGCCACGUACAAGAUGCAGCCACUUCUAAGGGUGAGGCACCAGAAAAAAUUCAGAGGAAGAUUUCCUCCUUCUACUUUAACCAGAAAAGCAAACUUGAAUUGCCAGAGACCAAAGUAUCAAAAGAAACCAGUAACAUUAGAGCACCCACAGGCUCUGGAGCUGUCCCUAUCUUUCCACUAGAGAUGGAGCCAGAGUGUGGAAGAUUCCAGUGCUCUAACUGCAAAUCUGAGGAUGAUGUGCCUUUUAAAUGUCCAUUAUGUGACUUCACUUGCUGCAAAACAUGCUGGGAACAGUUCUUAAAGGGAGAACACCCAAAUCCUAAUGGAAGAUUUACCACUUAUUUCAUUAUUUACCAUGUUCUGCAAUGUGAUUGGAGGCAGACCUCAGCCUUAUGGUGUGGUUUUUACACCUUUGCAUUUUCUUCUGAGCUGCCUCCACAUGUUUUCCUGUCUAGAGCUACACAGGCAACGAGCUGUGGAGUCAACUUGAAAAAUGUUUGUAUGGUGAAGAAGUGCCCAGAGUGCCACAGUGAUGUGAAGAAGCAGCGAUUAAUCCAAGUUUUCUUCUGGUCGUAGUCUUACUGACAGAAAGUACUUCAUGUCAGCAGAAAGAAAUCGCUGCACUCUGGCUCUCAAGCUGAAUGGAAGCAGGAUGAAGGUUCAUUUAUAUAUCUUUGAUCCCUGGCUCUGGAUUACAUGCUGUGCACAAACUCAUACCAUUUCUUCCUACAAAGGUGAUCAAGUCUGAAAGGUUUCUCUCUUCAACCACCAGCAGGAGACAAAGCAGAAUAUUGUCCUCUGUUGGAACUAAGAAGGUUAAUUUCUUCCUUAUUUUAGCCUGUAAAUGCUACUGUGGCCACUCUUAGGCCGAAAUUUUAUACCCUAGAGGCGGCUGUCAUUCAUGGGCCUAUCAGGUAAUAUCAGAGCCUGGCAGAGCCCUAGCUACUGCAGUGGAACUGAGCUGGCUAAAUAAGAAGGCCAGGCUACCCAUCCGUAUUGCAUUGGUGUUCCUGGAAAAAGUGAUUCACAUUCACUGGUGUUUGGCAGCAGCUGCUGUCUCCAAUAGCAGAAAACACUGAAAGGAUGUUUUUCAAAAACAAAUUCCAGCGGUUGGAUAGUGAGCAGAAACACUCCCUUGCAUCUGCUGUGUACCCCAAAGCCUGAUUCUUUCCAUUGUGCUGGGAUUUUUGAGAACAUGCUUCUAAGAAGGCUCUAUUUGCUGCUCAGUACUGAUAUUUCUGCUGUCCCUGUGUUACCUGAUGUUUACUUUCCAAGAAGAAAAAGGAACUAAUUGAUUUAAAACUUUAAAAUAAAUCAAGUUAGAUGGGUUAAAAAAAAAUUCCUUAAUACUUCCACUCUCUAUGAGUAGUGGAUAUAAGUGGUUAACCUGAAAAAUUGUAUCAAUUUUAAAUCUUCAGUAGCUGCUGUAAAUUAAACUAUAAAUAAAACCAUUUUUGUUUUAA